AAGAAGACCAUGAUGAGGGAGAACCAGAGCUGCGUGUCUGAGUUCCUCCUCCUGGGACUCCCCAUCCAGCCAGCGCAGCAGGGCAUAUUCUUUGCCCUGUUCCUGAGCAUGUACCUGACCACAGUGCUGGGUAACCUGCUCAUCAUCCUGCUCAUCAGGCUGGACUCUCACCUACACACGCCCAUGUACUUCUUCCUCAGCCACUUGGCAUUUACUGACAUCUCUUUUUCAUCAGUCACAGCUCCAAAGAUGCUCAUAAAUAUGCAUACUCAGGAUCAAUCCAUCUCACAUGCUGGAUGCAUUUCCCAGGUAUAUUUCUUUUUAUUUUGGGGUGAUCUUGACAGCCUCCUUCUCACCUCAAUGGCCUAUGACAGGUACGUGGCCAUCUGUCAUCCCCUCCACUAUACCACCAUCAUGAGUCAGAACCUGUGUAUUUUGCUAGUAAUUGUAUCCUGGGUCCAAUCCUGCGCUUCUGCCCUUUUGCAUACCCUUCUCCUGGCCCAUCUCUCUUUCUGUGGGGACAACACUGUCCAGCACUUCUUCUGUGAUCUCUCCACCUUACUUAAGCUGUCCAGCUCAGAUACCACAGUUAAUGAGCUGCUCAUCCUCACUGUGGGGGUGGUGGUGAUUACCCUGCCAUUCAUAUGCAUCCUGGUUUCAUAUGGCAGCAUUGGGGCCACAAUCCUGAAAGUCCCCUCCACCAGAGGCAUCUACAAAGCCUUGUCCACAUGCGGCUCCCACCUCUCUGUGGUGUCUCUGUACUAUGGGACAAUUAUUGGGCUGUACUUUUUUCCUUCACCCAACAGCUCGGACAAGGAUGUCAUUGUGGCUGUGCUAUACACCUUGGUCACUCCCAUGCUAAAUCCCUUUAUCUACAGUCUGAGGAAUCGGGAUAUGAAAGGGGCUCUGGGAAAUAUACUCAGUAGAGGAAUAUGUUCCCCUCGAUGA